AUGAAGCCGUUGGCGCUGCGUUUCGCGGCCUUGGUGCACCGUGAGGAUCUCAAGUCAGGGGACGAGUCGUGCGCCUGGGUGCCGGCCGCGGUGAGUGAGGAUGGCGGCCUAGAGGAAAAGCUGCAGCCCACCACGCUGCUGCAAGGCAUCAAUCAGGUGGUCACGGCGCUCACUGGCAUCAGACAGGCCAUCGAGGUUCAGGCGGAGGACGUGGGGCGCAGUAUCGACGCCUUCCUUUGCCUGGCCGUGAACCUCAGGAAGAACGAGAUGACGGACGACCUCUUUGUAGAGGAGGAGCUGGACGAGGACGGCCCCGUGGGCUUCGCCUGGGACUGCUCAGCUCUUCCGGAGCAAUGA